AACACGCUGUUGUACACUGGACGAAAUGGCGUCCGUCUGCUGUUUGCUGUUAGCGCCUGGGUGUUAGCUGGAGCGCUAAAGCUAAAUACCCUGAGAGUUGACACGUAGCCUGUGAGUGUGGGAGCAGGUUAGGAUCUGAGCUCUUUGCAUUGCGAGAGAGGAAAUCCCAGAAGGAUGUGUCGACAGUGUGUGAAAUAGCGUUUUAUCUUCUCUAAGUGAGACAGAGAACAGGUACACUGAGGUAGAGAUGGCAGCUGGCCAGAAGAAAACCAGCGGAGAGACGUACUUGCUGUCCAGCUCCAACGGCUUGAACGGAUCAAAAGCACAAGGAGUGACGCUAACAGGACAAAACUGCAAUGGCAAGAAUUCCCGGCUGGCCAAGAUGGCCUCGAACGUGCAGGAGAAAUGUGCGGCGUACGUCCUGGCCCUGCGGCCGUGGAGCUUCAGCGCCUCUCUGACGCCUGUGGCUUUAGGAAGUGCCCUGGCAUACAAACUGGAGGGCUCUGUGGACCUUGUCAUUCUGUUGGUGUGCGCCGUGGCCGUCCUGGUGGUGCACGGCGCCGGGAAUCUCGUGAACACUUACUACGAUUUCUCCAAGGGUAUCGAUCACAAGAAGAGCGACGACAGGACUCUUGUGGACCGGAUCCUGGAGCCACAGGACGUGGUGAUGUUCGGCGCCCUGCUAUACUCUGUGGGAUGUCUCUGCGCCACGUUGUUGUAUUUCCUCUCGACACUCAAGCUCGAGCAUCUAGCGCUCAUCUAUUUUGGAGGGCUGUCCAGCUCCUUUUUGUACACUGGAGGAAUCGGUCUGAAGUAUGUGGCUCUGGGAGACGUGGUGAUCCUGAUCACGUUCGGGCCGCUGGCCGUGUUGUUUGCGCACGCGGUGCAGGUGGGUCACCUGUCUGUGCUGCCGCUGGUGUACGCUGUGCCGCUGGCCCUGCACGCCGAGGCCAUCCUGCACAGCAACAACACACGCGACAUGCAGUCAGACCGCAGCGCCGGCAUCGUCACGCUCGCCAUCCUGGCCGGCCCGGCGCUCUCUUACGUCCUGUACAACGUGCUGCUUUUCUCUCCCUACGUGGUGUUCUGUGUGCUGGCCACGCGCUACACCAUCAGCAUGGCGCUGCCGCUGCUCACACUGCCCAUGGCCUUCCCACUGGAGCGCCAGUUCCGCAGUCAGCACUACACCAAGAUCCCACAGAAAACAGCCAAGCUCAACCUGCUUGUGGGACUCUUUUACGUCUUUGGGAUCAUCCUCUCACCGACGGGGAGCCUGCCACUGUUGUGAAAGAGCGCAUCCUUUCUUACUUUCUUAUUUUUAUGUUGCAAAGGAAAUUGACUUCAUACUUUGUCACUGUUUCUUUAAAAAAAAAAAAUUGUUUUCUUUUCAAAGGACUGGACUUUGUACCUUCUUACUUAUUUAUAGCCAAAUUUUUUUUCCCCAUCAGUGGAAAUUCAAAAUCCAUGCAAAACACACACACUCAAGCUUAACCUGCUUGUAGGGCUAGCUAUCUUCCAGAUCACCACCUGGGAAAAGAAAAAAUUUGUCUUUUUGAUUUGUUGCAUUUGGGUGUAAACGUUUUGCACCAUAUAUCUUUUUUUUCCUUCCUAUAGUUUAGUUGUUCAUCAGUUUAAUUUAUGCUUACUGGAAGACGCUAGCUGGAAAUCAGUAUUCUGUGAAAUGGUGUGUGUGUGAACAAGAUGUUUUUGGAGCCGAACCGUUGCAGAGCUCGGUGUAGCUUCUGUUAGACGUACCAGUUUAUUUUCAGGAGUUCGGGGAGUGUCAGUAAGGUGCAGGUACGAAAUCCACUCAGUUUGCACACUGUGUAGGAAUAAACAGGGCCUGAUGUACUGUGUGUUUUAAUGCUUCAACACGCUGAUACUGUCCGCCAUGUCCAGUGUUUGAGCAGCUGGUCAGUCUGAAACUGAAGCUUUCCAUAUUUCAAGAAGGGAGAAGAAUAAUGUGAUUCAUGCACAUCAGCUAUAAAUAACUGUGUUUGAUAAAGAUUUGAACAGCAUCAGGUCUUUAAAAAAAUAAAUGACAUUUUAAAA